AUUUAAAUUUCCGUGCUUUACAAAUGUUAAGCAUUAACAUUACAUAAUGUUAUCUAAAAUGUGAAAUUAAUUAAGUUUUUCCAAAUACUAGGCCAAAGAGAAAGAAAAGCUAUUUUAGACAUGUAAUAAAAAGUUGGUCUAAAGUAAGUGUUAAAAGCGAUGAAAGCCAUAUGGUAGAACAGAUUGUUUAGGAAUUGCUCAACUGGAAAAAAUCUUUUGGCGCAGAAAUGACGCUGACCUAUGUUAAUUGUGGUUGCGUUACCUUUCAGAAGUAUUAGUAAAUUCAUCGCACGAAAUGUGUUUUCGAUUAUUUACGGUUUUAAAGCUACAGUAUGAAUCUCAGAUUACUAAAGCUUGAAGAAUUUAGUCCUCACUGCGAAUGGUUAUGUGAACUGGUCAUUUUAUAUUGCCGAUAUAUAUAUUUUCAAGUUUCUUAGGGAUUAUUUUGUAAUGAAGCUAUGGCGGAUAUUAAAAAGGAAAGUCCGGCUUCUUUUAUUCAUCUUCAUGCUUCCAUUAUUGCUUACAGUUUUUGUGGUUAUAAGCCUCCAGCCAGGCCUGGUUGAAGAUAAUCAUAAAAAUUCUAGACUUUUCCAAAAAUCAAAAAGGCAACAAGAAUACAUUGAUAAGAGGGGAAUUCAUGUGAUAGUAGGACAUUAUAUCGGAAAUGAUUUACCUUGGGACACCACGCCUAACCUUACUAAUGAAAUUGUAAACUCCAAUGGCUAUUCUCCUUUACCUAAUGCUGGUGAAAUGGGUGAAGCUUAUUUUGUGCAUCCUUCUGAAAAGCAGAAAAGUAAAGCCCUAUUUCAUAUUAACAAGUUUAAUCUUCUAGCAAGUGACAGAAUUUCAGUAAACAGAAGUUUGCCUGAUGAAAGAAGACAAAUAUGCAGGCAGAAGCAGUAUGAUGUUCAUAGUCUUCCUACAACUAGUAUAAUUAUUGUCUAUCACAAUGAAGCUUGGUCGACUUUACUUAGAACAGUGCAUAGUGUCAUCAAUAGAUCUCCUCGUAUGCUUUUAAAAGAAAUUAUUUUAGUUGAUGAUGCCAGCACUAGAGCCUUUCUAAAGGAACCUUUAAAUGAAUAUGUUUCACAUCUACCUGUAAGUGUGAAAAUUGUUCGAGCUGCAAAUAGAACUGGCCUUAUUAGAGCACGUCUUCUUGGAGCAGAAUUUGCAACUGGUGAUGUCCUGACAUUUUUGGAUGCUCAUUGUGAAUGUUCAGAGGGAUGGUUGCAGCCACUUCUAGCAAGAAUUGCCCAGAGCAGAACACGUGUUGUAUGUCCAGUUAUUGAUAUCAUUCAUGAUGAUACAUUUGCCUAUGUUCGUAGCUUUGAAUUACAUUGGGGUGCAUUUAAUUGGGAAUUACAUUUUCGUUGGUAUCCAGUAGGAGAAAGAGAAUUGAGAAAUCGUCAGAAUGAUUCCAGUGCACCAUUUCGAACACCUGUUAUGGCAGGUGGAUUGUUUGCAAUUGACAAAUCGUAUUUUAAUGAAAUUGGUCGUUAUGAUGAGAAAAUGGAUAUUUGGGGAGGAGAAAACAUUGAAUUAUCAUUCAGGGUUUGGCAGUGUGGUGGUUCAAUAGAAAUCGCUCCUUGUUCACAUGUUGGUCAUGUCUUUCGAAGAUCAUCACCUUAUACCUUUCCAAGACCUGGCGGGGUAGGUGCGGUUCUGUAUCAGAAUCUUGCUCGAGCUGCAUCCACUUGGAUGGAUGAAUGGAAAAUAUUUUAUUUUAAAUUGAAUCCUGAAGCUGCAAAAUCUAAUCGAAAUGUUGAUGUUGCUUCAAGACUUCAGUUGAGAGAAAGAUUAAAAUGUAAAAGUUUCAAAUGGUAUCUCGAAAAUGUUUGGCCUGAACAUUUUCUACCUGCAGAUGAUAGGUUUUUUGGAAAAAUUCGGAAUUUAAAAAAUGGUAAAUGUUUCCAAAAAGGAGGAGGCUCCUCAAAUGGACACCAUGGUAUUGGAAAAGUGAUACCAACUACUUGUGUUUUUGAAGUAUAUCCCAAACAGGUUUGUAAUUAUUAUUUUUUUCCCUUU